AUGACGGCGGCCAGCGUUCUCCUCCUCCGUGCCUGCCUCGCGCUGCUUGCCAUGCCCAUCUACCUGCUGUCGUUCCUGGGCAUAUGGGAGCCUUUCUGUAAGAAGAUCUUUUUUCCUCUCUUCUUAGAGAAGCUUGCAGCGGUUCUCGAAAAGAAAACAAAAAAGCAGAAGCAGGAGCUAUUUCGUAAUCUCCCUGACUUCACGGGCCCCUCGGGAGAGCUGAAGCUGCUGGAGAUCGGGACCGGCUGCGGCACUAACUUCCAGUUCUACCCACCCGGCUGCAAAGUCACAUGCACCGACAUAAACCCCAACUUCCAGCAAGGCCUUUCAAGAAGUAUGAAAAAGAACCAGCACAUCCACUACGAGCGUUUCCUCGUAGCGGCAGGAGAAGACCUGCGCCAGGUGCCCAGCGGGUCUGUGGAUGCCGUCGUCUGCACCUUGGCCCUCUGCUCCGUGAGCAACGUGAACGGCACCCUGAAGGAAGUCCUGCGAGUGCUCAGACCAGGAGGCGUUUUCUAUUUCUUAGAGCACGUGGCCGCUGAUCGUUCCAGCUGGAGGUAUUUUUGGCAGCAGGUCUGCUAUCCGACUUGGAAACUCGUCUUUGCUGGAUGCUGCCUAACGAGAGAGAUCUGGAAGAAUCUCGAACAGGCCAGCUUCUCGGAGCUGAAAUUACAACACAUCAGCGUACCACUGCCCUGGACGCCCAUUCAGCCUCACAUCAUCGGGUACGCCGUGAAGUAA